AUGAAAGUUUCAUUAUAAGAUUUCGGUUUUCAUUAACCUAAUGCACCUGAAAUUAACACUCCUAGAUCUCUUGAGGCAUGUAGAAGAGAAGGAAUAUAACCAAAUGAAAUUGUUAAAAUUCCAUUUGAAGAGUUUCAGAGAAGAUACAAAAUGAAAAAUCUAGAUCAUAAAGGAAUUGAUCAAUUUUAUAAACAUUUUGAAGAAAGAAGAGAAAAGAAAUUUGAAGAACUUAUAAAAUAGAGACAUAUUGUUAUAGAAGAUGAAAAAAUUGGUAAUUUUAACUAAUCUUAUCUAAAGGGGCAUGGAGUGCCGAAGGAUUAUCUAAGAGUAAAGUUAUAUCAAAAUAUGGUUAAUAAGAAACUUCCUCUUUAGUUGAGAAAGAAAAAUAAUAAUUAGAAAAAAUUAAGAAGAAACAGUAAAAAGAAAUAGAAGGAAUGCUUGAAUAUGAAUUGAAAAUGUAAGAAAUAAGAUUAGAAAAUGAAAAGAAGUAAGCUGAAGAAAUUGCUAAAUAAUAAUAACGAGAUCUUGAAUUAUAAAAGAAAAGGGCAGAAUAAGAGGAAUUAAAGAAAUAAAAAGAAUUAGAAAAAUAAUUAAAAAGAGAGUAGGAAGAAGAGUUAUAAAGAUAAAAACUAAAAGAAAUGGAAUUAAAAGAUAAGGAAAGAUUAAAAUUAGAAGAAUUAAAAUAAAAAGAAAGAGAAGAAGAAGCAAAAAAAAAGGAUGAAGAAAGAAAAGCUAUUUAAGAAAAAUUAAAAAAAUAAAAUGAAGAAAAUUAAAAAGUUUAAUAGGAUUUGUUAGAAAAAAGAAAAUAGGAAAUGGAACUUAAAGCAGAUUAAAGAAGAAAAGCAUUAGAAGAAUAAAAAUUAAAAAAAAAAUAAGAAGCUGAAUUAGCUAGAUUAUAAAAUGAAGAAAGAAUCUAAUAAGCUAAAUAACGUAAUGAAGCUGAAUUAUAAAAAUUAAAAGAUGUACAUUAUAAUCAUGAUAUUUAUAGGAUUUUGAUAAAAAAAUUAAAUUAAGUGAAAUUAAAUAAAAAUAAUAUGAAGAAGAAAAAAAAAAGAGAUUUGAAUAGUAAAGAAAAGAGGCUGAAAAACAUUCUGAAUUAUUUCAAAAGGUUAUUGAAUAAAAUAAUUAAAUGGAAUAAGAAAAGAAAAAUUUAUAUUUAAAAAGAAUAUAAGAAGCAGAAGAAAGAAGAAAAUAAAUUGAAGAAGAAUUAGAAAAAGAAAAAGAAUAGAAAAGAUUAUUAGAGAAAGAGAAAGAAUAAUAAAGAAAAUAAGUAUUAUUAUUAAAUGAAGAAAAUAACAAAUAAAGAAUAGAAGAAUUAGUUAAAAAAAUAAAUGAUAAAGAAGAAAUAUUACAUAAAAUUUAAGAGGAAAGAAAUGAAUAAUUAUAAGAUAGGAAAACUAUGGAUAUUUUAAAACGUUUUGAUAAAAGAGAAAAUGUAGAAAGAAUAAUGAGAAAAUAAGAGUAUGAUAAAUAAAAAUUAUAAGAAAAAAUUAUUGAAAAAAUGUAAAGAGCAGAUAAACUCUCUGAAGAUCUUGAUUAAUUAUUAUCUUAAAGGCAUAAUUUAAGAAGAGAAAUAGAAAAAUAAAAAAGAGAGAUUAUGAUGAAAUUUGAAAAAGUUAGAGAAGGCAAACUUCCUCCUUCUGAAAUUUAAAAAUAAUUAGGUAUUACUGAACCAGAUGCUAAAUUAUCUAAUUAAACAAAUCCUUAUCGUACUUUUUCAUCGACUAGACCUAAGACUAAUUAAGCCAAAGAAAGGUAAGAAAAAUUAUUCUCUGUCAGGCCAACUAAAAUUCAAUCAGCAAAACCUGAAUCUAUCUAAAUCAAAGAAAAAAUAGAUCUCAAACCAAUACCACCUAUUAUUGAAUAACAGGGUAAAUUAAUAUUUUAAAUUUAGCUAAUAAAACUACACCCAAAUUUCAUAAAAAAAUUGAUGCUAAGAAGAAAUCUGAACCAAUUCGACCAGAACCUCCAAGUCCACAAAUACUUAUUUAACUUAACAAAAUGGUUUAAAAACAUAAUUAAGAUAUGAUGAGAUUAUUAAUGGAGGAACAUGCAAAUGAAAAUCUAAGAGAUGAAAAAUUAAGUUAAGCCAAAGGGGAAGAGAAAACAAAACUAGAAAAAGAAUAUGCAUUAGAAAGAGUAAAAGCUUAACUUAAAAUUGAAAAAUUAAAAUCAACAUAAGAAUAAGAAUAAAAAUAAUAUAAACUUACUCAUAACAUUUUUGAAAAUGAUAUUAUUAGAUGA